AUGGAUCCCAACGUCAAUGCUGCCAUCGAGAUGUUGCGGUCUUGCAGGAAGGUCUACGAUGCCGAGCACCAACACCUCUCUCCCCGACAACGGGAGAAGGGCUGGUCCCGGUACUGGAGUACCAUCCAGACGGCCAUGACGAAUUCGGGUACGAUGCCACCUCAAUUUGGUUCCUCGGUCCCUCAGAAACGAAACGCGUCCGCCGUGGGUGCAGCCGGCAACGAGCCCGCUUCUAAACGUGCUGGCGGUCUUGCCCCCUUGGCGUCCUCGGUUCCUACAGCGCCCUACCUCGAGCGACAUUCAUCAGGCCGGAGUCAGUCUGGACGACCGUCCAUGCCGGUCUCGCCAGCCGUCCAGAUGACGGCAACGACAACUCCCGUCCUCAUCCCCCGACACGCCACGGCCGGACAACAACGACGGACGUCCAACGCCGGAUCCUCCUACUCGAGUCGGUACCAAGGACCCAACCUCAACUACAUCCAAGAGGUACAAGACAUGUCACCCGCCGACUUCCUCGCCAGCCAUGGCGAACUCUCCGUGACGCCGCCCAUGGGCAUGGAGUGUGGUGAGUCGUCAAACUACCUCUCUACACUCACAUCACCGUAUGUCUCCGCAAUAGAGUCACCGGCGGGUUACGCCCCGAUGACAAGUACUAGCGAUGCAGGUCUCACGACCGCAUCUACCAUCGUGUCUGAGCCCAUGACCCGGGCCAACACGAAUGAUGUUCUCUGCGAGCCGUUUGGCAUGUUCCGCAUGGACUCGAUGUCCAUGUCGAAAAUGCCCCAGGCGGUGGACAUGCUCGACAUGUCUCAAGCGCAGCAUGAUGUUGAUCCUCCAUUGUUUUCCUUUUCUUCUGUUGUUGGAACCGGCGACGGUUACAACAACCUUGCUUGUUUGUCUUUUCUGGAUGAUGACGGCUUUCCGUCAUCAUCAUCAUCAGCAUCGUCGUUGUCUUAUUCUGCUUCUUCUUCAAGUUACGAGAUGAAGAAUUGUCCCUCAAGCGGGAGCAAUGCUUCAUCUCUUUCAAUUUCUUCUCAUCAUGGUCGUGACCGCUCGCCAGCUCAGAGACAAAAGGCAGUUUACACCGCAGCUCACGAUCAAGGUCAAGAUGCUUCUCCUCGCGGCUCGAUUCCCCCGGUCGAGAGGUCCGUCUCCCUUUCACGACGGAUCGCGCCGAAGAUGCGGCGCGGCGGCAACAACAAAUCGUCGACGUCCAGCUUCUCCGACGACGUCGACAUCCCCGAGCCCAAGAUCGUCGCGGUCAAGGCCGAGGACGGCACGGUCAAGCACAAGGCCGAGAUCGCGCGGUCCAUUCGCCAGCCGCCGCUCCGCAAGACGACCUUUUGCCGGUUCUGCAACGACCAGCCCCAGGGCUUUCACGGCGACCACGAGCUGCGCCGGCACAUGGACCGCCACCACGCGUCGGUCCGCCGCGUCUGGAUCUGCAAGGACGCCUCGGCCACGGGGACAUUCCUGUCCAACUGCAAGGCGUGCCGCACCGGCAAGCCGUACGGCGCCAACUACAACGCCGCCGCGCACCUGCGCCGCGCCCACUUCAACCCGUGCAAGAACCGGCGCGGCGGCCGGGCCAAAAAGUCCGAGAACCGCGGCGGCAUGGGAGGGGGCAACAACCCGCCCAUGGAAUUCCUCAAGAACUGGAUGUACGAGGAGCUCGAGAUGAACCUCAACGGCCGCACCGUCGUCCAGGACAUCGUCCCCGACACCAUGUACGAGACCGCCAUGGUCGACGAGAUGGUCCACCAACACCACGCUGGUGGUGUGGCUGUCGUCCUCGACGAUUAUGCUGCCGCCGCCGCAGCCGCAGCCGCAAACGAUAUGCAAGUUCCUACUAUGGCCAUGACCGCGGCCAUGAUCCCUGCUGCUGCGGCUCCCUUCGACUUCAUGACCGAACCUCUUUAUUUCGAUAAUGUGUUGCCACCUACGCCGUCGGCCUUUGCGACCCCCAACAAUUACCUCAUCCCAGAGGGUCCGACGCCCCCGCAGUAUUUUUGAACGUGUUUGGAGAGAACACCAGUUGUGUGAAGAGCCCCGGGGCAUAGUUGGCGGUCUUGUUGUUGUUGAUGAAACGAUAAUAUGAUGACGUAUUGACGACACUGCAAUGUUAAGUUUAGAUCACGAAACAGGAAGAGAAGGAACACAGGAUAAAAGAGAAGGAGAUCUAUAUCUGCGAGUUUGGUCGAUGUUGCCUGUUAUCGCUGUCUCUUCGGUUGUGUAUUGCUUGCUGGCUUGCUUGGUAUCUCAGUUCCUGCUGGCGCUCAGGUCGACAGCUUCACCUUGUUCUACACGGGAACUUCUUCAUAGGCUUGGGAUGUUUUUCCUUUUUCUUACCUGUCACGUUGAUUGACGGACAUGGCCUACUUUGCGUUGGGGGAAGGCUGUCAG